CCUUGCCCCGGUGUCGGCCUGAAGUGCUGACCCCGCUCCCUCGACGGACACCCGCGGCAGACCCCUGUCUGAUCGGAAGGGAAGCAAGGGUUGAGGGUAAGACCUUUUAUUGGGCCAGCGGUGUAGCUGGACUCCAGUGAGAGCAGCUCACAAAUGUGGUAAAGUCUGAGACAAGAAAUCUAGCUUGACUCUUAAAGCUGAGAUUGGAGCAUGUUUGACAUGAAGUUAGUUGGAGGCUCCAAGCAUGCUUUUUGUUCCACAACGCUUCCUCUGCCUUGGCAUUAGAACACAACUACUGAAGACAGUUUCUUCUUUAAGAUCCUUCAGAUUUUCAGCCCUUGCUACAAUGGCCUCUAAGCACAAAAAUGCAAAACGAAUUGAAGGGCUUGAUAGCAAUAUGUGGGUUGAAUUUACUAAGGUGGCUGCAGAUCCUUCAAUUGUUAAUCUUGGUCAAGGCCUUCCAGACAUAUCCCCUCCUAGCUAUGUUAAAGAAGAAUUAGCUAAAGCAGCAGCAGUUGAUCGUCUGAACCAGUACACACGUGGCUUUGGACAUCCUGCGCUGGUGAAGGUCUUGUCCCAAGUAUAUGGGAGGAUUUGUGGAAGGAAGAUCGACCCUUACACCGAUAUCUUGGUGACAGUGGGAGGAUAUGGAUCUCUGUUUAGUUCAAUGCAGGCAUUAAUUGAAGAAGGCGAUGAAGUGAUAAUAAUAGAACCCUUUUAUGACUGUUAUGAACCCAUGGUGAAGAUGGCAGGGGCAAAACCUGUUUUUAUCCCACUGAGAUAUAAAAAAGCUGGAAACUCUGUAUCUAGUGCUGACUGGGUUUUAGAUCCCACUGAACUUGCAAGUAAAUUUAAUUCUAAAACAAAAGCGAUUAUACUGAAUACGCCUCACAACCCAAUAGGCAAGGUAUAUACCAAAGAAGAACUCCAGCUAAUAGCUGAUCUCUGUAUUAAACAUGACAGCCUGUGUAUCAGUGAUGAGGUGUAUGAAUGGCUGGUGUACACAGGAAAUAAACACAUUAAAAUAGCUACUUUGCCAGGGAUGUGGGAGAGAACAGUAACUAUUGGAAGUGCUGGAAAGACAUACAGUGUAACUGGCUGGAAGCUUGGUUGGUCCAUUGGUCCCCAGCAUCUUAUAAAACAUUUGCAAGUUGUUCAGCAGAAUACGCUGUAUACCUGCUCCACUCCAUUGCAGGAGGCUUUGGCACAAGCUUUCUUGAUUGACUUUAAACGCAUGGAUGACCCAGACUGCUACUUUUAUUCACUGUCUCGAGAACUGGAAGGCAAGCGUAAUCGGAUGGCUCAGUUGCUUCAAGAAGUUGGAUUGAAGCCUGUCAUACCAGAGGGAGGAUACUUCAUAAUCGUGGAUGUUUCUGCACUAAAUGUGGAUCUUUCUGAUAUGGUGGAGGACAGGCCUUAUGAUUAUAAAUUUGUGACAUGGAUGAUAAAAUCCAAGAAGCUGUCAGCAAUUCCUCUGACAGCAUUUUGUGGCCUGGAGACUAAAGAGCAAUUUGAGAAAUAUAUACGGUUUUGCUUCAUCAAACAAGACAGCACUUUGGAUGCAGCAGAGGUGAUCCUGAAGAAGUGGAGUAAACAGACAGCUUAAUUUUGAUUAACAGUGCUCUGACAUAAGUAUUAUAUACAUUUAAAAAACAGGUUACUUAAUAAGCAACUUUGUGCUGUCACUGGCUGUGUAGCUGAAAUGGUGAUUUAUUCAAUUCAAAUAAUGUGAUUCAAGGAGUCAUUUUCAGUCUUUUCCAAACUGUUGGCUAUUUCCCAAAAUAUACAUGGGAGCCUAUGCUUUUGAGAAAAAUAAAACAAGAUUUGCUAGGAAGUUGAAAAAACCCAAAGUGUAAAUAUUAAGACUUAACAGAAAAAAGAAUUGAGGAGCUGCUUCUGAUGUAGAAAUAUGGGAACCUGUGGGAAAUAGUAGAAUUUGAAAGUAAAACAUUGGAUUCCAUAAACUGCAGUAGUCUGAUACAGAGGGAAAUUAAGAUAUGGUAAAGGUUAGGUGGUUUCUAUGUCCUUGUGUGGAAGGGUUUUUGUUUGUUCAUUUGUUUUGAUUUUCUUACACACCAAAAUGAAGUUUACACUAUUCAAUCAAUGCUGUUUUUGAGAGAUAGGUAACUGUGCUACAUACCAUUAUUUCUGUUUUAAUAUCCUACAGUUGUCAAAUUUUACUAUUUGUGAAAGUGCUUGAUCUUCAAUAAAGUUCUAAAAGUAGCAGAUGA